AUGGUCAAGAAUCUUUCCUGUCUCUUGGCAGUCCAUGCCUUGCCAAACUCAAAAGAUUGUCCUGAAUUUUGGCAUUUAAACGCAGCCACGAACGAGUGCGAGCUGCCCAAUCAUCUUGUUGAUGUUCAAUGUCACCAAGACGGCGUAAAAAUCCUCUUUUCCGAAGAAAUCGACCUUUCAGAAACUUCUAUUGACGGCUGCCACGAAUCCCAUUAUUCGAGAAAUCCUGAUUCGAAUGAAAUCUGGGUUGAUUUCUCGAAAUGCGCGAAACCUGAGUUUUUAUCUGACAGAGUCAUUGUCCAAAACAGGAUAUUUUUUGGUGAAGAGCAUGUUUUGCCUGUUCAAUGCGAGUUUUUGAUGAGCGAAGAUGUGGCCAUUCAAUCAGUUAUCGACGAUUCGAAAUCGCGUCUCCGCCGAUCAGCCCCAGCAAAAGCCAUUGGAAACGCUUUCUUCACCGUCAAUUUGGAAUAUUUCGACAGAAAAUUUGAACAAAUUCUAGACCCGCAAAUUGCUCUUACAGUAGGGGACUAUGCGAAUGUUGAGAUUUCGCUGGAUCAGAAGAUUCAGGGGAUAGAACUCGGGUUGUCAAAUUGUACAGUUUACGGGGAGGGGGAAAAUGAUAGCUUUGGGGUGGUGGAUUAUCCCGGAUGUCCGGAUCAAAUUGUUAAGGCCAGCUUGUUUGAUGGAGAAUCUCAGUGGGAAAGAAGACUCUCUUAUCGAGUCUUUGAAUUUGUCUCCGACACUUUUGCCGCUUCUGUUCUUCGCCUUGCUUGCCGAGCUGUCAUUUGCGACUCAACUGAUGAAGAGUCUGAGUGUAAAAACAAUGCUCCACCAGCGAAACAAGAAGAUUUCUUCCGCCGCCAAAAUAGAUCGCCUGAAGAAAAUGAAGUCAUCAGACAGUACCUCAUCGGACUCAUGGACGGAGCAAACGUCUACUACUAUCCCCGAAUCGGGCUUCGAAAAACAUGCCAAAACUGCGAGUGGUACUGGUCCGACGGGAGUCCAAUUACUUACACCAAUUGGUACGGAACCGAGCCAAAUACCUACUACUACGAUUGCGCCAGAAUCUAUUAUUCGAGCAACGGCGCUGUUUACAACGGAACUUGGAUAGACAUAACCUGCACGGGAAUCUACUCAGAUCUGUGCCAAUUCGAAGUCGAUGGAAAACAACCUUGGGAUCCAGAGCCAGACAAUGGUCUACCCGCCAAAGGAGGUUGCAAACCCGGCUGGUACCCCUUCGGCGGCUACUGCUACAAAUUCGACGGUUUUCGGGUCGAUGGCGGAUCAGGUUUCGACCCAGCUGGAUUUUUGAAGUGGAAUGAUGCGCGAGCAAAAUGCAACGAGGACUGGGAAGGAGCUGAUUUGGCCAUGCUUCCGACAGCAGAGCACAAUUCUCUGGUCGCAUCGCUACUUGGGCCGUGGUUUUUCGGGGCGGAUCCGUUUAUCGGAGUUUACAAUCAUGCUUAUUAUGAUUAUUACUUCAGUCUGAUCAACGAAGACCGCCUCAAAUACGACAACUGGGUGCCCGGCAAGCCCAAUCACGCCCAAAGUACCCAAGACAAAUGCGUCGUCAUGUCCUGGCGAAACGACGCAAAUUUCCACGAUGCUUUCCGAGUUGGUCAAUGGAACAACGUCUACUGCGGCACUUACGCAACCGCUGGCAAUUAUGGCGAUCCCCACCCGUGGGUUUGCUCGCACGAACAGAGUUCUAGCUAUCAGUCGCAGUACCCGACUUGGAUUUCGCUGCCCGAUGUGAAAUGCGGUCCCGGUUGGAUUCCUUACCAUUCUGCUUGCUACAAGCUAUUUACUGAUCGAAAACCCUUCGAUGAUGCAAACAAAUAUUGUUCGGAAAAUGGCGAGUCGGCAGCAAAAGCAACCUAUUUGAUCACAAUGUGGGACGAGUACGAAGUCGAGUUUGCCAAAUCCUUCUUCCGGGACGAUCAACUCCCGCAGCGAAAGCCAACAGAUCUGCCAGACGGUAUCUGGAUCGGUCUCAAGAAAAACCCUGCGCGUUUUGGACUCGGAGACGAAAAUGUACAAGACCUCCGGCUGCUCCGAGCAAAAGCGUUCAUUUGCAAAAGCGAGUUCUACGAGGUCCCGCUCAACUCAUACGAAGACAUCGAUGCAAAGCUCGGGAAGCCUCAGGAAUGCCCCGAUGGUUGGAGCCUCCUCGGCCACCACUGCACGAGAAUCUACGAGGAGGCGCAGCCGUAUUCACAAGCCGCCAUGCAAUGCAAAAUCCAAGGCGGCAAUCUCGGCAGCAUCCACUCCUCCGGCUACAACAGAAUCAUAAAAGACCAGUUCACGAAAACUGCCCACGCCGAAAACUCGAUGUGGAUCGGAAUGCAGUACAAAGGCGCUUUCGGCUGGCAGUGGGACGAUGGAACAGGCGCCAGCUAUUUUAACUGGGAAAAUGGGGAGCCGAAUGAUUGGCAAGAGCCGGAAGAUUGCGUGGCGAUGGAUGAGAUUGGCACUUGGAAGGACUCGCCGUGUCGGGAAUCGAAACCGUUCCUCUGCAAAAAGGUCGCUCCGACUGAAUUUUGCACUGCCGCGAUUUCGAGCAAAAUCAAGUCUUGUGGAUUCGUCGGCAUUUCGGAGACAGAGUGCAUGUUGGAAUUCGGAUGCUGUUUCGACCCAACAAUCGACUCGGGCAUGGGCAACAACUGUUUCCAACCAAAGCCUCCGGUCGACGUCGGCAUGGCCGCAGGCGCUGCUGUCGGCGUCACCGUCUUUGUCAUUGCCGCUGUUGCUGGAGGAUUCUUUUUCUACACGAAGAGAAAUGAAGCCACUAUCGGCGGCAUUACCAAUCCUCUUGCUUGA